AGUAAAAUUCGAAAAAGGAGGGAAGAGAGAGAGAGAAAGAGAGAGGCCAUGGCAAACCUCUCAAGCCUAGUUCACGAGCUUCGCAAACGCAUAGCAGCUUCAUCAUCAACACUUCCCAACAUCGGAGACGAUGACGCUCUCGAGAUCAGAUUUUGCGCUGUUCUUCCCAAUCUCCUUUACGCCUAUGUCGUCCCCUCUUCUUCAGCCAAUGAGAGAGAGGUCAUCGCGGUAUUGAAGCUAUUGACUCACACAACAAAGAAUUUUCCCGGAGUUUUCUUCCUUGGCAGGGCUGCCGCAGUCCUACCUCUUAUUGGUCGCAUACUGCCAUUCUUCGCCGAGCCCACAUUUUGGUGAGUGUGGUUAACAAGUAUUCUCUUUAGUGUGCUGUCAUGAAAUUGUGUAAUUUUCUAGUGUAUUGUCUGCAAGU